CCCUUCUUUUCUCUUUUUCUCGCCUCAGCUGGUUUGCACGGGUUUCCGCGGCUGUGUUUACGACGUUUUGCCCAAAAAGCGUCCAAAUUGCAGCUGUGCGCUGCAGCAGCUUCUCUGAUCUAUCGUACUCUAGCACCUGCACAGCGCUGCGUCGCUCGAAAGGCAUCCGUAUGGCACCAAGCUCCUAAUAGCAUCAUGGCCGAGGAGCUAGCGUCGAUAAUAGCGCUGUGCUACGCACCAACACCGCAAAAAACAACACCGCAAAACGCCGUCGAGGCGACGGCCGCCGUCUCGCUGCGCGCCAAGGCCGCCGUGCCGCAGCAUAGCCUAGCCUACGACGUCGCGAGUCCCGUGGACGCGCAGCUCUGGCAAAAGCUGCCUACGAAAAUCAAGGGCCGACCCGCUGAUUUAGCUUUGAGAUUUGCCCACGUGCGCAUGAGCGUUGUCCGGAGGUGCGCGGACCGGGCCGUACUUGAGUUAAGACAAGGUGAUUCCAGAGUGCGCGUCGUGUCGCUCGGAGCGGGUUUGGAUGGAGAGUGUUUGAGACUGGCCACGAAAUUCGAGUGGGUGGACUGCGUCGAGCUUGACCUCGAAGCUGUCGCGGCGCAGAAGCGUGAGUUAGUAAGCCACGCAGUUCUGAGUGUCGACGACGACCUCGCGAAGCUCGAAGAGUUGUUAGGCGACACGGGACCGACGUUAAUCCUGGCGGAGGUGUCGCUCUGCUACGCAUCACCAGAAGCUGCACGGAGAGCCCGGCGCUGGGCCGCGUCUCUGAAGCGAGCGUGUUACCUCGAACUCACGCCCACAUCAAACGCGGACUCGCGCUUCGGUCUCGCGUUGCAAAGCGGCUUCGGCACGCUUUUACGGUGUGCGCCGCGCGACGCCGACGACCUGGCGACGACGCUGCGUUCAUCAGGCUUCGCGCACUCUAGUAUCUUAGAUCUCGACGCCGCGCGGCGCCGCCUCGGCGUCUUACAAACAGGCGCCGACGAGGCGGCUCUGACACUAGCCUUGAGGCGCUACGUGAUGGUCGUCGCGAGCGCCGACGCGUCGUUAGCGCGCGGUAUCAUGCAGCGGCCCGAGGUUGUUGUGAGAAAGAUGGAGGCCGCCGACUCAACUCAUGCCAAGGAUGCGUAUAUAGCGGCCAUGGGUUGUGAUGGAGCGAUCCGGAAACAUGCAAAGAAACAGUGUGUUGUAUUAGAUACCCUGCCUGCCUUCGUCGCGACGCUCAAUGCUAGCAUUGUUGGCGCCGUCGCGCUUGACGAUCAAGGCGAGGUGCGCUGUUUAGGUGUCGUGCCUUCUUUGAGGAGGCUUGGGGCCGCUUCUCAAUUGAUGAUGAGUAUUGAAGCCGCGGCUUUCCGGCGCGGUUUCGAGGCGUGUACGCUGCGCGUGCCGCCGUCCCAACAGGCCGCCGUCGCGUUAUAUGCCAAGCGCGGCUAUUCUACUAGAGAGGACCCGCGGCCGACGGGCGCGUACCCUACAAUCUAUCUAGAGAAGGAUUUGAGUGUCGAGGCGACGCUCGUCGCGACACCUUUGAUAGCUCAGGACGCGUCGAAGCCCAAGGUGCUUCUCGAAAAGGACGAGGCGCGCUUCGCGCUGCCUGAUUCUCUAUUCCCGACGAUGGGCCUCGUCGUCUCUAUAAAUGGCGAGCGCUUCGUGUGCCGGCGCGACCCGGACCCUCCAUCAAUGCCGACGCUAUCACAGGGAACGCGCGUUUCUUUGGAUAUCAAGUGG